CACCUGGAACCCCCUGGGACCCCCUUAAGAAAGUGCCGGGAGUGGAGAAUUGAGGGGAUCGGGAAAUUUGGGAGAUCUGGGGUGCAAAGAUCAUAAAUCCCAGAGCCAUGCCCAGGCCUGGUUUCCCAGCAAAGGGAGGCCUGGGGCUGAGGUGCCCUGGGCUGGCCGGGAAUGGGGGCCCGGGUGUCCUCGGGGUCACGGAAACGGGGGAUCCAGGGGCUGGGAGAGGAGGAUACCUGGGAAAGGGGGUGCAGGGGGUGUUGGUGCAGGAAAAGCGGGUGCAGGGGGAUCCCAGUGCCCAGGAAUGAUGAGGGGGGACGACAGGAUCUGGGAAACAGCAGCAGCUGCUGGGGAGGGACUGGAAUGGACUGGGACAGACUGGGAAAAGAACCCACUGGGAGCAGAACUGAGGCACGAGGGAUCAUACUGGGAUAUACUGGGACCACACUGAGGGCUACUGGGAACAUGCAGGGGACAAUUGAGAUAUAUACUGGGAGGAACUGGGAAUGGUUUGGAUAAUCCUGGGACUGACUGGAAUCAUAUUGGGAGUGAUCAGAUCUGUAGUAGGGGUGAAGAGGAGAAACUGGAAUAAUGCAGGGAACAGCUGGGAUCAUACUGGGAGCAGCUGGCCCAUGCUGGGAUCAUACUGGGACUUACAGGGUCACACUUGGAGUGACUAGCAUACUACUGGGAGUAACUGGGAUCGUACUGGAGGUGACUGGACUUAUACUGGGAGCAAGUGGGACCACAGCAGGGGCAAAUGGCAUCGGGUAAGGUGUGACUGGGCUCAUACUGAAGUGACCUGGGGCCCCACUGGGCUCUUACUGAGAGGGACUGAGAGUGAAAGGAACCAUACAGGGCAUGACUGGGACCACUGGGACUGUGUUGGGGGGCAACUGCGAUCCUACCGGGAGUGAUUCUGAACAUACUGGGAGCGACCGGGAUCAUCCAGGGGGUGACCGGGACCCACCGGUGAGGCGGCGGCGGAGCUGGGAGGCGGCCGCAACGCAGGGCGUGUCUGGAUGGAGGAGGAGGAAAAGCCCUGGAGAUUCCACACGAGGAGGGGCUGCAAACCCAGCCCAGGGAGCUGCAGGGAGGAAAGAGCCCCCCCUGAGCCAGGAAGGCGGCCGGAGAUCCAGCCAGAGCUCAGAGCUGGUGGAGAAGCCUCAUGGCAGGGAGAAGCCCCACAAGUGCUUGGAAUGUGGGAAGGGUUUUAGUCGGAGCUCCAACCUGACCGAGCACCAGGUGAUCCACACUGGGGAACAACCCUAUGAGUGUGAGGAAUGUGGGAAGCAUUUUAGCUGGAGCUCCAGCCUGAGGCGGCACCAGGUGAUCCACACUGGAGAGAGGCCCUUUGAGUGUGAGGAGUGUGGGAAGAGCUUCAGCCAGAGCUCCAUCCUGAUGCAACACCAGAGGAUCCACACUGGGGAAAAGCCCUUUGAGUGUGGGGAAUGUGGGAAGAGCUUCAGGCAGAGGGGCCAACUUAAACAACACCAGAUGAUCCACACUGGAGACCGGCCUUAUGAGUGUGGAGAAUGUGGGAUGAGCUUCAGCCAGAAGGGCUACCUGAUGCAACACCAGAGGAUCCACACUGGAGGGAAGCCCUACGAGUGUGGCGAAUGUGGGAAGAGCUUCAGCCAGAGCUCUGGCCUGAGGAAACAUGAGAGGAUCCACACUGGGGAAAAGCCCUAUGAGUGUGGGGAGUGUGAGAAGAGCUUCAGCAUGAAGUUCCAGCUGACAGAACACCAGAAGAUCCACACUGGGGAAAAGCCCUACAAGUGUGGGGAAUGUCCGAAGAGCUUCAGAGAAAGCUGGGCCCUGAUACGGCACCAGGUGAUCCACACAGGGGAACGGCCCUACACCUGCUUGGAAUGUGGGAAGAGCUAUGGGUGGCACUCGGACCUGAGAAAACACCAGCGCACCCACUCUGGGGAGAGGCCCUACGAGUGUCCUGAGUGUGGGAAGAGGUUUCAGAUCAGCUCCAGUCUCCUUGUACAUCAGCGGAGUCACACAGAGGAGAGGCCCUUCCGCUGCUCCGACUGCGGGAAGGGCUUCAAGCAAAACUGCAAACUCACCAUCCACCGGCGCAUCCACACUGGGGAGAGGCCGUACAAGUGUCCUGAGUGUGGGAUGAGAUUCUCCACGAGCUCAGUCUUGACCAAACACCAACGGAGGCGCCACUAAUGGAAGCCCUGUGAAUACCCCGAGUUCAGGAAGAGCUUCGUGCAUUCCUCCAACUCCAUCCCCCAUGGGAGGAUCCACAUUGGAUGGUCCCCAGUGACCCUCGUUGGGCAGAGCCAUGAUGAUCCAUGGUCCUGGUGUUCUGUGUUUGGAAGACACCUGGCUGGGUGGCUCCACAUCUUCCUGGCUUCCCGUGGGCACAUGGAUGUAUACAGGGGCAGGAACAUCCAUUGGGACGCAGACCAACAGGAAUGGGAAUUCCUUGGAGAGAGCAGAUUUGUUGACUUCCACCUCCACCCCCAUAAAAUCUUUUGCAUUCAAUCCUAUCUUCUGGUGGCAUCAAGGAAUAUUGAAUGGUCUUGGAGGUCUUUUCCAAUUUCAGGGAUGCCAUGAUUUUGAUUUCCUAUUGCCCAAAGGUGUCUUUGGCAGCCAAAUGGUGAAAAAGUGGGGAAAAGACCAAGAUUUUUGAGACAGUGGGGUGGAAACUCCACCAAAAAAAGGUUCUUCCCUCACACCAAGCACAUAGGUCCUCUGCCAGCAUGGACACAGAAAUCCUUUUCUUUUGGCCUUGAUUUUCUUUUCAUUUAUCUUCAUCCCUUUAAAAUAUCUGAUAUUGGGGUAAAAAUAAAGACAUUGAAUUAAGAUA